AUGGAGCACAAAGAUGAUGACGAUGAUGAUGUGUCUUUUGCCAAAUGGAUGAGCAGCUUCUGGGGUCACAGCUGGAUAGAGGAGGAUGAGAGAGGACUCCGGGACCGCCAUGGAUCACAGGACUCCAGUUACAGGAAAACCUCCCUGCCCUGCCCAUUUCCUGUGCUUCCCAGCAUGAUGUCAUCUGACAGCCAUCCUAGAAGUCAUUCUUAUGAGGACCAGGGAUUCCAAUGCCAUACUCAGAUGCGGGAUUACAGAAAAUGCUCAGGGGAUGGGUCAUUCAAGGAGCCACUGGAAUCAAAAAGAAGAUCCCAUUCCAAAAUUCAGGCAUUUUCAGAGUCCUUUGAACAGCAACUCUGCUUUAGAACCAAACGCUCUGUCUCUUCGGGACCUGAGAGCAGAAAGGAGAGAAAUGAGAGAGAAUACCGGACACUGGAAAUGAGGUCUUGCAAGAAAGUGGAGGAAAGAAGGAGCUCUGGGAAGGAAGAGUGUGGAGAAGCGUACCUGCCCACCCUGUCUGAAAAGGGGCCCAAAUAG